CUCCAAACAAAUUCUUUUUCUCUCUAAAAAUCCUUCAAGAUUUUCCCUCUCUACACUUUUCCGGGAGAAUUUUCUGGGAUUUUCAUAUUAUUUUAAGUACAUUGUUUUUGUUUGGUAGUAGUGAAAAUUAUUGUUAAACUUUUACCAACUUAUUUGGUGGAAUUUCAAAGAAUUUUUUGUUUUUAAUAAAGGGUUUACUUUAAAUUUCUGCUAACAAUUAAUAAUUUUUGCUUGAAUUUUAGCAAAUUGUCAUUGAAGUGGGAAUUUUCAGCAAAUUUAAAUCUUUUUUUUUUUUUAAUAAAAUAACUAUUUUUUUGUGGGAAUUUCAAGGUAUAUUCAUUGAUUUCAGUUAAAUUAUUAAAUAAUUUUGCUUCAAUUUUCCUGGGCAUUUCUUAAAGUUACUUCAGUAAUUUUUCUUGAAGAUUUUGACUUCAGAUUGUGAAUGAGCGGGAAAGAUCAAAACUUUCCUAUUUUGGCUGAAAAAUAAAUGGUGGGUAUUGUUGAAAAGAAGCAGAAAUUACCAGAAUUUAGCUGUAUAAUGUGUAAAGUGGAAGAAUCUUCAAAUGAGCUCAUAAGGGAGAGAAAGGUUGUUAAUGGUGGAGAAAAAGAAUGGAAAAUGGAUAUAAAAUUGGAGAAAAUAUUUAAUGAUUCAUCAAAAUUGGAUAAAUUGAGAGGUAUUCGAUCUAGAAAAGCUAAGCAAUGGAUGAUUAGAGUUGGAACUACCAUUCUGUUUUGGGUGAUUUUGCUACAUAUUACAACAAUGGGUAACUUUUGGAGACCAAAUUUGAUGAAAAGUUGGCCUUAUUCUUUGAAAAAUAAUGCCUUUAAUUUACAUAUGAAUGUUGAGAAGUUACCUAUGCUUCCCAAGAUUGCUCUUCCUCCAAAAAGGGUUUAUACAAACAAUGGUUACCUUAUGGUAUCCUGUAAUGGAGGCCUUAAUCAAAUGAGAGCAGCAAUUUGUGAUAUGGUUGCGAUUGCCAGAUAUCUGAAUGUCACUCUUAUUGUCCCUGAAUUGGAUAAAAGAUCAUUUUGGAAGGAUCCUAGUGAUUUUCAAGACAUUUUUGAUGUUGAUCAAUUCAUCACGUCAUUGAGAGACGAAGUUCGGAUUUUGAAAGAGUUACCUCCUAAAUGGAAGCAAAGAGUAGAAGAAAACAAGGGAUACUCUCUGGCGCCAGUUAGUUGGUCUGAUCUUUCUUAUUAUCAGAAUCAGAUUCUUCCGUUGUUUUUGAAACAUAAGGUUGUACAUCUGAAUAAAACCGAUGCUCGUCUUGCAAAUAAUGGGCUGCCACUCGAUAUACAAAAGUUAAGAUGUAAGGUGAACUAUCAAGCAUUAAAAUUCACUCCGGAAAUUGAAGAAUUAGGGCGAAGGGUUGUGAAUAUCUUGAAGCAAAAGGGCCCGUUUCUUGUGCUUCAUCUUCGAUACGAAAUGGACAUGUUAGCUUUCUCAGGGUGUACUCAAGGGUGUACUGCAGCUGAGGCCAAAAAUCUUACUGAAAUGAGGUAUUCUUACCCUUGGUGGAAGGAAAAAAUCAUAGACUCAGAUGCUAAACGACGAGAUGGGCUAUGCCCGUUGACACCCGAGGAAACGGCCUUAACCUUAAGGGCACUAGGAAUCGAUCAAAGUAUUCAAAUCUACAUUGCUUCCGGGGAAAUAUAUGGGGGAAAACGGAGAAUGGCUAGCUUAGCUUCUGCUUUUCCGAAUUUGGUUAGGAAGGAGACCCUACUUGAACCUUCAGACUUAAGAUUUUUCCAAAAUCACUCGUCUCAGAUGGCGGCUUUAGACUAUUUGGUCUCGUUGGAGAGUGAUAUAUUUGUUCCUACUUAUGAUGGGAAUAUGGCUAGAGUUGUGGAGGGCCACCGGAGAUACAUGGAUUUCAAGAAGACGAUUACUCUGGAUAGAAAGCUUCUGGUUGAAUUAAUCGAUGCGUACAACUCCAAAUCAUUGGGUUGGGAUGAGUUCUCAUCCGCUGUUAAGGCAGCUCAUGCUAACCGUAUGGGAACCCCACAUACGCGAAUUAUGAUUCCCAAUAAACCCAAAGAAGAAGACUAUUUCUACUCCAACCCGUACGAGUGCUUGGAACAACAACCAAAUGAAGCAUUAAAAAUCGCGUGAAUUCUUCCUUAAUCUCUAACCAUGCCGAUGGAAUGUUCCUAUACUCUUUUGAUGCACAACUUAUGUAUCGUUUGCAUCAUCAAACCGAUACUCGGCCACACGAGUGGCCUGCUCUCGUUUUCGACAAACAACAGGUAUAAGCUAAGUACAAAAAAGGGUGAUUUCGAGUCAUAGAACGAAUAUUAUGCUUUUAUGCUUUCUUAGGCAUUCGCAGCACAUUUUGAACAUAAUUAUAAUAGCGAUUAUACCAUAGUUAAUAAUUUUAAUACAUGUAUAGAAAAAUUAGUCUGCCAUCUUUAUAAGUUGUAGACUUCAACAUGCAUAUACAAGGCACUCAAAGUUUUGGAAUUCUUUUGUUUAUUUUACUUUUUUAGCUCGGAAUUCUGAUGUUCCUGAUGCAAAUUUAAUGGAUUUUCAUGCAUUUUUUUUUUCUGGUUUU